GUAGGGGAAAUGGAAGACAGCGCCCUCUUUCACCGCCUACCCGACCGCCGAACUGACGAGUUAAACCGCGAAAAACAAUUCUGUUUUAUUCAUUUAACAAUGCAAGAGUUUUUCGCUGCCAGGCACCUGACGAAUAUGAGUGAAACAGAAUUGAGGAACUUUGUUUCUAAGAACAUCAAUAAUGGGAAAUGGCAGCUGGUUUUCCAGUUUCUAGCAGGACUAAUGAACGAUAAAGAAAAACUACCGAGCGAAAUUAUCACAGACCUUCUUCCUGAGGAAACUGAAGAGGAAGAAAGCGGAUUCUACCACGAAGAGCUCCUAGGGAAAAUAGAGCGAAGGAAAGUCAUUAAUUGGCCGACUGAAGAUAAAAAACAUUUAGCAGUGACAUUAUUUAAAUGUUGUUGUGAAAAUAAUGAGAUGAAGGAAACAGUUCAAAGAAAACUUCAACAAAUUAACUUUAAUUUUGUUAAUUUUAUUGAUUGUCAACUCACAGCUGUUGAUUGUGCUUCAUUAGUUACUGUAAUUGAGAAUCAAGGUAAAAACAUUUCACAUUUACAAUUGGGUGGCAAUAACAUUGGCCAUUUGGGCUGUUUAGAGAUUUGUAAAUUGUUAAAAUGUAGGAAUUCCCAACUGAGCUGGUUACGCCUCGCAGGAAAUCAAUUGACAGAUGAAGAAGCAAAGUAUUUAGCUGACGCCAUCAGAGACAACAACUGUCAGCUACGCGAGCUAAACCUCAACAUCAAUAACAUCAGAGACAAAGGAGCACAGCACUUGGCUGAAGCCAUCAACAACGAAAACUGUCAGCUACGCACGUUAUACCUCUUCGGCAAUAACAUCACAGCAGCAGGUAAACAACACGCAAAGAAUUUACUUAAAAAGAGUCAGUCUGACCAUAUCCUUCAUAUAUAGCAUCGCUAAUUUCACAAAUAAUUGAUAAAACUAAAAAGAAAUUAUACUUACAAAUUACAAUUUAAAAAUGUGAGGUAACGAGCUCAGUGAAAUUGCAACCCAACAACUUAAUACGUGAAUGAAAGAAUAAUUAUCUUUGUGAAGAAUCCAUAGCAGCGAGAUUAUUUGAAUCGGAUCGAAAUGAAAAAAAAUGAACCAAUGAAGAUGUUUAUUGACAGCAAAGGUAUGGGGUGCCAUUACCGCCAAAAUUAUAUUUUUAAAAUUAUUCAGCCUCUUUUUCAUUAACC